AUGACUUCCACCAACCAACUGCUGGGUUUGACCGAGCUGAACCUGAAGUGUGACCAGGAGAUUGAGAGGAGAUAUGAGAUCGUUCCCUCAGUGGUCUGCUCCAUGUGCUGCCUCUUUGGAAUCAUCUACUGCUUCUUUGGCUAUCGAUGCUUUAAGGCCGUAUUGUUCCUCACAGGCCUCAUGUUUGGCUCUGUGGUCAUCUUCAUGUUGUGCUACAAGGAGAGGGUGAUGGACACUCAGCUGAGCGUAGAGGCGUCGGUGGGCAUCGGCCUGGGGAUCGGGACCCUGUGUGGCCUGGUGACCAUGUUGGUCCGCAGCGUGGGACUGUUUAUGGUGGGCCUGCUGCUGGGCCUGCUGGUAGGAGUGGCGUCACUGGUGGCCAUGGAGGAGUUCUACCACCCCAGAACCGUGUGGGUUCCUCUGGGUAUUCUCCUGGGUUCUGGGACGCUGUUUGCCGUCCUCACUCUUCAAUGGCAGCGCUGUUUCGUCACCCUCUCCACGGCCACCUUCGGCUCUGCCAUCAUCACUGUCACUGUGGACUACUUUAUAGAGCUGUUCGCCUUGGUGCACUACGUCUUCGAGAGACUCCGGGUGGCGCCAAAGAAGCCAGUGUGCUGGUUCACUUGGGUCAUCUUGGGGGUGUGGCCUGUCCUGGCCCUCCUCGGAGUGCUGAUCCAAUGGAAAGUCACUGCCGAGGGAUUUUCUCACACAGAGGUGGUUUUGAGUCGACAGCAACGGAGGGUUCAGCUCAUGCGAAUCAGACAGCGGGAAGAGAGGCUGAAAAAGGAGAAGGAGAACAAAAAGAAGAAAAAACGAGACAACCAGAAGCCCACCCACAAGCAGAAAGCCCACACCCAUCACCACCACCACCACCAGCAGUACCAUCACCCUGCCGCAUCCCACCCACAUAACCAAGCCCAGAGCUCACAGCCACCUAAAGUCCCUCCUCCUCAGACUGAACCAGGCUACCAGCGCAAGGCCAACCCUAAAAGGCGCUUUGAUGGAGAUGUGCUGUCACCGAGCUAUAUCAGGAGUUUCAGGGACAGACAAACAGACAGACGAGCCUACUCCCACAGUCGAAUGAUGAGCCGCUCCCGCAUGGCCGAACUCGACUACGACUGCGGUUCUCGAGUGCCCCUCACAGCUCCCAGUGGUCCCCCAGUUCGCAUCUGAGACAGGGAAAUCUACAUAACAACACACACAAUUACACAAGGCUACUUCAAACCUCUUCUUUACUGUUAGGGAUAGAAAAC